UUUAAUGUAUUUAUAAAUGAAUUUUUGAACUGACUAAAACUUAAAUAUAUUAUUACUUAAUUGUUUAUAGGCAAUGGAAAGUUUUAAUUGACUUCUGCACACCGGGCGUUACCAUCUUUAACGUCUGUCAUGUUAAGAGUAAGGAAUACCCGGCGAUUGUAUGCUGUCGUUAUCAUAUUUAGCCUGUUUGUUUUGCUGCUUUACUGGGAACAAAUAGAAUUCAAACUGAAAAGGUAUAUGCAUCCAUGGGAAAUUUCUGUGGACGGAGACCUAACCACCUGCGAGUAUAUGACGAAGCUUCUCGUUAAAGCACCCACGUACCGAACUGAUGAGUUAGAAUGGAAAACACCGGAAUUCCUUGAGUUACUAACUGGAUUACGUAACCCUAGUAGGGUAGAAGUUAGAAACAAACUGUGUUCGUUUUACCGACACGGUAGCCCUAAUUAUCACAAGUACCCCACCUCGCUAAAGCUUGUACAAAAUGGAAAUACUCUUUUUAGCGCGGAGCACUCUUUCUAUCUUAUUGAAGAGCGAGAUUAUAAAGUGAACGAUAUUAUAAAAGUUCGUAUCGAAGCACGUGAUAACUUUGGGACCAGCGCCGCAAAAGGGGGAGGCGAUUUUUUUAAAGUAAAAGCGUAUCACCCGCAAACUAGGUCAAGCAUAAGUGCGAGUCAAACUAUAAGUUACGGAAAUGGUUCAUACGAUGCUGAGAUUUUAGCGUUCCGAAGUGGGCCACUUACAGUUCAAGUUAUGUUGGGGAACUCCGGUCAUUUUAUAGAUGCAGUGAAGCAUUUAACGUCCGAGCCACACACGCAUGCCAUGGAUUUUUACGCCACGUUUGUAAAUGAAGCCACGAGCGAUAAAACCCAGUGCCGGAUUCAGGCUGACGCAUUUAUUUCCGGUGUCGUAUGCAAUCUAACCAACCGAAACGGGGAAACCUGGUUUUGCGUCAAACCCAAACCAGGUCUUGGAUGCUCUGACCUAACGGACAUGUAUACGGUGCGGAGAAAAAAUGCUUUGGAUCUUUUUAAGAUGUUCCCGCCAGAAGACAGGUCGACCACAAAGAGGGCAUAUCUUUCAGGAAACGUUGGAAAUAUAUUUGUCUCCCCGGACGGCGAUCAAACAAGCAUAGAUCGAAGCAAUUUGCCGAAUUGUAGACAAGGGAUUCAGCAAGCGUCACCCUUCGGUUUUUGGAUGAACAACGAAUGGCUGUCUACUAGCUGUAACAACAAGCAUUUUUCUAGACAACCAAAGUUGGCGGCAAAAUGUAUCACUAACCGGAUUUUUUACUUUUUGGGCGAUUCUACAAUUCGCCAGUGGUUUGAAUACUUCCUGCGAAAAUCACACGAACAGAACUACUGGACAGAAAAAUCUAGUAGUUUUAUACAAGCUUACGAGCAGGGCUCGUUUCGUGAUGUUUGGGACUCAAGAAGUAGCAGAAUCGAACGCACGAAUACUACGUUUUAUUACAGAGUGCAUGGACCGCCUAUGCAGAACGGUGCGGCCGCUAGUUCAAUGCGAUAUAUUUCAAAUGAAUUGGACCAAAUGUUAAAACGAUCGGACGGCGGACGGUCUUUGACUGUUGUCGUUGGGAUAGGACCUCAUUUUUUACAAUAUAACCCAUUAGUGUUCAGAAAACGGUUAACUAUUAUAAUAACAGCAGCCGAGAAAAUGCUGGCAAGGAAUCCUGAAGCCACUGUGAUUGUAAAAGGACUCGGAACUUUUGACCGAGGCCUCGGAAUCGGCGAAUGUUGCUUGACUGACUGGUUAAGUUACCGGUUGAACAAAAUUACUCAACAAGUAUUGCAAAACAGCAAAGUGAUUUAUAUGGACGUGUGGCAUAUGACGUUGAGUCACCACAGUCCUGAUUUAAUUCACCCGGUAGAUGAAGUCAUUUCUAAUCAAGUUGAUCUGGCAUUAUCGUAUUCAUGCAGAGGAUAAACAAAUAUUUAAAUGCGAAUAAAAGAAAAAAAGAAAUAAUUAAAAGCAAUAAUUGACCUAUGCAGUAGUUUUUGCUACACAUG